UAUAAAUGCAGCAUGGAUACGUGCACAAAGCCCUUUCCAAACUAAGAAGCACUCUGUAGCUGAGAAGAGGGCCGGUCACUGCUGCAGAAACCAUGGCACCAGCUGGAACAAAGAGGGGUAUUUUGGAGCGUCUGGAUGCAGGGGAGGUGGUCAUUGGGGACGGGGGCUUUGUCUUCGCCCUUGAGAAAAGAGGCUACGUCAAAGCAGGGCCAUGGACACCUGAGGCCGCUGCAGAGAACCCCGAAGCCGUUCGGCAGCUCCACAGGGAGUUCCUGAGGGCAGGCUCCAAUGUCAUGCAGACAUUUACUUUCUACGCAAGCGAUGAUAAACUGGAGAACAGGGGCCACACUCAGCGCUUCACUGGUCAGCAGAUAAAUGAAGCAGCCUGUGACCUGGCCAGGGAGGUGGCCAAUGAAGGUGAUGCUCUGGUGGCAGGGGGAGUCUCCCAGACCCCCUCUUACCUCAGCUGCAAGAGUGAGGAUGAAGUCAAGGCCAUCUUUAAGAAACAGAUUGACGUCUUUGUCAAGAAAGAUGUUGACUUCUUGAUUGCAGAGUACUUUGAACACGUGGAAGAGGCCGAAUGGGCAGUCCAGGUUUUGAAGACGACUGGCAAACCUGUAGCUGCAUCUCUGUGCAUCGGACCAGAGGGAGACCUGAACGGAGUCAGCCCCGGAGACUGUGCAGUCAGACUGGUUAAAGCUGGAGCCCAGAUUGUUGGCAUUAACUGCCAUUUUGACCCCGAGACUUGUGUGAAGACUGUGAAGAUGAUGAAGAUGGGAGUGGAGAAGGCUGGGCUGAAGGCUCACUACAUGUGCCAGCCUCUGGCUUAUCACACUCCUGACUGUAACCGCCAAGGUUUCAUUGAUCUUCCAGAGUUCCCUUUCGGUCUGGAGCCAAGAAUUCUGACCCGAUGGGACAUGCAGAAAUACGCCCGUGAUGCCUACAAUGUUGGAAUUCGUUUCAUUGGCGGCUGCUGUGGAUUUGAGCCCUAUCACAUCCGUGCCCUGGCUGAGGAGCUGGCCACUGAGAGGGGUUUCCUGCCCCCUGGCUCAGAAAAACAUGGCCUUUGGGGCAGCGGUCUGGAGAUGCACACAAAGCCCUGGGUCAGAGCUAGGGCCCGUCGUGACUACUGGGAGACACUGAAGCCUGCGUCUGGCCGCCCCUUUUGCCCCUCCAUGGCCGCACCUGAUGGUUGGGGUAUCACCAAAGGCCACGCUGACCUGAUGCAGCAGAGGGAGGCUACUAGCCAGGAACAGCUGAAGGCUCUCUUCGACAAGGCCACUAAGCACUAAGCCAAAGGGGUGGCGUGUGAGGAGGCAUACUCACACAUUCCCUGAAGUUUACAUACCAAAAAAGAUUAAAAUGCUGUAAUUUUGUCUUUUAGGACCAUUUUAUGCCUAGCCACAUCAAUGCCUCUAUGAAGUAUCAAGUAUUUGAACCUUAAGUUACUGUGACUGAAGCAAAACACGUAGGAUACACUCCAAGUGCCAAAUGUUGUCUUACAAAAGGUGAUGUGAAGUAAUAAAUGUCUGAUUUAACCAAAACCAA